UUUGCCGUUGCCCUAUUUCCCCACCUUGGCUUCCUCUGCACCUGUACGCACUCGAUCCAAAAGAUUUCUUUUCUUCUCUCUACAACUCACCCAUCUUGCUCUCUAAUGGCUGACUACGCUGAGUUCGAUUCCCGCCCUAACCAGAUCUCCAAAGAUGUGCAAGGAUCCAACAACACCAUUCCACUUUCGCCACAGUGGCGUCUGCCAAAGCCUGGGGAGAAUAAAACUGGAUCAGUAACUGGGGAAAACCAAUUCACUCCACUUCCAAGCCCUGCCAAUUCUGUGGAUAUUGCGAAAUCACCUGGAACAGGUGAGAGUUUGCAUGAUAAACAUAAGAAGAAAGAUGUUUUCCGACCAUCUGCCCUGGGUAUGGAAUCUGGUCGUAGUGAUCGCUGGCAUGAUGAAGAAAGGGACACCAAUUCAUCUGUCCGUAAAGAUCACUGGAGGGAGGCAGAUAAAGAGCUCGAUGACAACCGCAAGGUGGAUCGCCUGACUGGCUCAUCUGGACGACGCCAUGGAGAGGCCCGUCGUGCCACAGGGGAACGAUGGGCUGAUUCUGGAAAUAGAGAAAGCAGUCAGGAUCAACGUAGCAAAUGGAGCACUCGCUGGGGGUCUGAUGGGAAAAAGACUGAUACUAUGCGUGAGAAGUGGGAGGACUCUAAAAAGGAAUCUGACGUGCUGUUUGAUAAAGGACCAUCCCAUUCUCCAUACCUUAGGAAGAAUGAGAAGGAUGUGGACCAGUAUCGAACUUGGAGAUCUAACACUUCAUACAGCCAAGGCAGAGUGGAGCCGUCGCACCAGGCACUGACCCCAAACAAAGAGGUUACUACAUUUGCGCAUGGUCGCGGACAUGGAGAAAAUCUUGCUCCAACCUUUUCUCUUGGUAGGGGAAGGAUUAGCUCUGGGGGAAGCUCUGUGACCAAUACUUAUAUUCCUCCACAACCAGCUGGAUCUUCUAUAGAAAAGGUCGAAAAUGGCCUUGAAGAGCGUUCUUCGUUAAUAUAUAGCCGGACAAAAUUGCUUAAUGUGUACAGCAUAACUGAUAUGAGAUCCUUUUCAAAGCUUUUAGGGGAGGUUGAUCAUGUUCCUUCCCUCACUCUGGAAGAACCUUUAGAACCUCUGGCUUUUUGCACCCCCACUUCUGAAGAAUUGGUUAUCUUGAAGGGAAUUGACAAAGGAGAAAUCAUUAGUGUCACUCCGCAGAUUGCUAAAGAAGGAUCAGUUGGUCGAACCACAACUGAUUCUGUGCAGUUAAAAGGAAGCAGGCUUGGCAGUAGAAAUGAUUUGCCCCUUGCUCUUUAUGAUCCUAAAAGUGAAAUUGUGGACAAUGUUGAAGGUGGUCAUUCAAACUAUUCAGAAAGCUUGUCCCACGAGAAGCAUAUCUAUUCUUGGCCAAAUGCGAAACUGAAGACAGUGCAGGAUUAUCAGGCGUUUGCUGAUCACAAGUUGAAUCCUGAAGCCCUGAAUGAAGAUAGAUCUUCUUAUAUGAAGAAUGAGGACACGACCACCACUAUAGAAUCAAGAAUGCCAGAAAAUUCUUCAAUGCUUCCCGUGGGUGCUUGGAGAUCUUCAUCUUUCUUAGAGCAUUCCAAGUCAGCUAUACAUGAUUGGAGAGAGAUAUCUAGAGAUGUGCAAAAGGAUUUGACCGGUGCGUGGGAGAACAAUUUGGCAGAUCCAACAAAUGCCAAAAGAGAAGGAUCCAAAUUGCAGAUAGUUGAUGAUUCUAUUCUGAGAAGGCAACCAUCUGCAGUGUUUGACAGGGAGCUGGAAUCACGCAAGAAUUCUCAGCCAUCUCCGGAGGAUCUAGUUCUUUACUACAAGGACCCUCAAGGUGAAAUUCAAGGUCCUUUUGCUGGGAGCGAUAUAAUUGGAUGGUUUGAGGCUGGAUAUUUUGGCAUAGAGUUGCAAGUUCGCCUGGCCAGUGCACCGGCUGACUCCCCAUUCUAUUUACUUGGGGAUGUGAUGCCCCACUUACGUGCCAAAGUUAAACCACCUCCUGGAUUUAGUACCCCUAAUCCUGAUGAUAUUCAAGUUGCUUUUGGUAGGUCUAACCAUAACAGCUCUGGGAAGCUUCACUCUGCCUCAAGUGAGGCUGAUACGAUAAAGAGUGAGCCAAGAUAUAUACAUGGUCAGACAAUGGAGGCUGAGAACAAGUUUUUGGAGUCACUGAUGUCUGGCAGUACGAGUAGUGCCCCACUUGAGAAGUUUACUGUCUCAGAAGAUAUGCAGGGAUACAUGGGGAUUAAUUCGAGAGCAUUACCUCCUGUGGGUGCAGGUAGUGGGGAUGACUCGCAUCUGUUGGCCAAAAUGAUGACACUGGAGAGGCAGAGUUCUCUGACAAAUUCUUAUUCACAUUGGCCUGGAAGAGAUUUAGGUUCCCAUUUGGCAAAGACUGAUGUUGUAAAUGACUCCUUACUAGCACAUUUGAAUCUUGACUCUUUAAUUUUAGACAAUGCUAGUGCACCGAAUAAUUCUCAGAAUGUGGACUUAAUGUCUAUCAUUCGAGGCUUACCAGACAGAUCUACAAAUAAUGUCAUCAAUGGAACUAGUGGUUGGUUGAAUUUACCAGGUCAAGGGGGGUUGGGCCCACAUCAGGAUAAGUUGGACAUGCAUCCUGGUCAGAAUUUUCCUCCCCAAGCUGCGUUGGGAACACAACAGCAGAGGUUAGAGUCACAAAAUUCAUUGUUAUCAAAUCUCUUAGCGCAAUCUUCUAAUAAUUCUUCCAGCAUGUUAACCCCAGAAAAACUGCUCUCUUCUGGUCUCUCUCAAGAUCCACAACGUUUAAGUUCAUUGCAACAGCAGUAUUUGUUGCAGCUGCACUCCCAGGCCCCAGUUGCAUCACAACAGCUGUCACUUUUGGAUAAACUGUUGUUGCUUAAGCAGCAACAAAAACAGGAGCAGGAAGAGAGAGUGCGCCAGCAGCAACAAUUGCUUUCGCAUGUGCUCUCGGAGCAUCACCCCUACCAGAAGUUUGUCGAGUCGCCGUUUGUGCAAUUGCAGACUUCUGGUCUGUCAUGUGGAAAUGCUUCUAGUGAUCAUGCUCAGUUUCAGGAAUCACGUGAAUUGUUUCAGACUGAUUCGCAGCUAGCUCCCGCUCUCAAUUUGCAAGAUGAAAGUGCUUCUAAUGUGAUUUUACCUUCUAGCGUUUCCCAGAAUGAUAGCUUGAAUGUUGGUUCUGAAGCCCGUUCUGUGCAUCUGCCUCAUCAAAUUUUUGGGCAUACCAUCCAUCAAAGGAACUGGGAUGCCUGUUUGCCAGAACAAGUUGAUAACAUGCAGCAGAAGGAUUUUCCAAUGACAACAGCCAUCGUGGAUACUUUUACGGGUUCGGAAUUGCCAAACAGAUAUCCAUUUGAGCUGAAAGUACAUAAUGCUGAGGCCAUUAAAGUGGCAUCAUCUGCUGAUGCUCCAAGUUUUCCACCUGGGGAACAUUUGGGAAAAUCAGUUGCACUGCAAUUGGCAGGUUGUGAUAAUGAGUUGUUUGUUUUGGAAAAUGCAAAUGCAGUUGUAGUGCCUCCGACCACAGCAUUUGAACCCCAAGAUUUAGGAGAAACUCACAAUGAUGAUUUCCUUGGGGUGAAGGAAGUGAAAAAUGCUGAAACACCGGAGGUGAAAAAAUCAUCUGCCAAGAAGUCAAAAAAGCAGAAGGCUUCAAAGGCACAAUGCCCCGACUCAGCAAAGGGAGUCUUUAAGACGAAGAAGGCAGAAUCAUCAGAAAUUGAGGGGACAAAUAUUGAUAAUGCAGUGUCUGAGCUGCAAACUGUUGAAGAAGAGAGGAAAACUAAUGAAGUUACUUCUGAUGGUGGAGAUUUUCUGCAGGCCCAAACCUCAUUGCCUGCACAUAUGUUUGCGGAUGAAGGUGAGGUUACCAAGAAUAGAGGUCAGACAGGAGAAGUAUCACAGUUCAAUACCCAAGCACAUACUGGGCAACGAGUCUGGAAGCCAACUCCUGGUUUCAAGCCAAAAUCACUAUCAGAAAUUCAACAGGAAGAGCAGAAGAGAGCACGAGAAAAAGAAAUUGCAGCUUCUGAGAUCUCAACAGCUCUGAGCUCAAUGAGUGUCUCUACUCAUUGGGCCGGGAUGGUUGCGAAUUCAGAUCACAAGGCACUUGGUGGAACAUUACAAGAUUCUGCCACCACUAAGUUAAUUUUGGGAAAAUCUGAGAGUUUCUCAAACCAAGAGAGUCCAUCACAUGAUCUAAUUUGGGAAACUAAUGUGGCCAAGUCAAGUGAGAUUCUGAUCUCCACAUCUAGUCUACCUCCUGUAUCUCUUGAUUCAGUGGAUGAUGAUAACUUUAUUGAGGCUAAAGAUACUAAAAGAAGUCGUAAAAAGUCUGCUAAAGCCAAGGUUGCAGGAGUUAAGGUCUCAGUGCCUGUUGUUUCACUGGAUUUAUCUGUUGGAUCAAAUUUCAUAGACAAAGGUAACAACUCUCAUCAGAUACAGCAGAAGGAAAUAUUACCUGCAGUUCCCUCUGGCCCUUCCUUGGGGGAUUUUGUUACCUGGAAGGGGGAGUCGACAAAUCCAUCCCCUGCUCCUGCCUGGUCGACUGAGUCUGUGAAGUUUCAGAAGCCAACAUCAUUGAGGGACAUCCUUAAGGAACAGCAGAGAACUGUUUCUUCUGGAUCGGAGGGAACUCCAGUGCCGACACCUCAGAAAUCUACUUUCAACCAGCCUGCCCAUGGAGUUGGUUCUUCAUCGUUGUCUUCUGCCAAAGCUGCAUCCUCAAUCCAAAUCAACUCGUCAGCUUCUUCUCACUCAAAACAUAAAGUUGAUGACGAUCUAUUCUGGGGCUCAUCAGAGCAACCUAACCAUGAGGCUAAGCAGUCAGAUUUUCCUCUACUUGGAAGCCAAGGAAGUUGGGGAAGCAAAAUUACCCAGACCAAAGGAGGAACCCCUGGAAAGACAUUGAAUCGACAGAAGUCCAGUGGUGGCGGGCCUGGGGAGUAUACAAUUUCAUCAUCACCUACCUCUUCCCAGCCAUCUUUGAGAGGGAAAAAGGAUGCCUUGACUAAGCAUUCAGAGGCAAUGGACUUUAAGGAAUGGUGUGAGAACGAGUGCUUCAGACUUGUUGGGUCAAAAGAUACAAGUUUCUUGGAAUUUUGUAUAAAGCAAUCUAGGGCAGAAGCUGAAAUUCUUCUAAUGGAGAACCUUGGCACCUUUGAUUCCAACCGUGAGUUCAUCGACAAGUUUCUAAAUUACAAAGAUUUUUUGCCUAUUGAUGUUAUUGAUAUCGCCUUCAAAACACGGAACGAUCAACAAGCCACUGCCUCGGGUGUGGGAGAUAUGACUUCCGACUAUGUUGGCAUUGGGGGCUCCAACCGAGGUGGUGUGGAUUCUACCGAUGGGGGCCCGAAAGGAGGCAAAAAGAAGGGGAAGAAAGGGAAGAAGGUAAGCCCAUCAGUGCUGGGAUUUAACGUCGUUAGCAACCGAAUAAUGAUGGGGGAAAUCCAGACAAUUGAUGAUUAGGUAUGUAGUGGGAAAUUGUAAAUACUUUUUAUUGAGACUGACUCUUUAACCGAGGGUUUUUUAUUCCUCCAUAGAGCAACUGCAGCAGUCAAUUUGAUCUGCUUGUGCAAUUUUGUUUAGUUGCCUUGGCUGUAUGUUUUAAUUUACUGACCAAAGAAUUCGAGGUUUAAUUGAAAUAUGGACGUAGUUUUGUAAUUCAUGCA